AUGCCUCGGAUCCCUCCCCUGGUGUUUAGACAGGCUUUAAGAACAGACCCCUUGCUUGUGCCCCUUCUUCCCGUCACUCGCUCUCUUUCAGGAGCACAGGCAGAACUACGAUGGCUUCGUAAAGAAGUCCCCAAACCCAAGUUGCCCUGGGCAAUUGUCCAGAGGUCCAACUAUCGACCAUUGCAAUACAUUCUCGGGGACCAGCCGUUCCUUGAUCUUUCAAUAAAAUGUGCCGAGGGCACACUCAUCCCUCGUUGGGAAACUGAGGAAUGGAUCGCCAGAAUCAAACCGUUCAUCAGCAACGUCAAGAUCAUCGAUGCUUGUACUGGCACAGGAUGUGUGGCUCUACUGUUCAAUGGUACCGGAAGUAAUAUAGUGGGGAUCGAUAUUGACACAUCAUGCCUUUCAUUGGCGAAAUUCAACCAGCAAUCAAACCGCUGUGACGAUAUUGUUCAUUGGGCACAAUGCGAUAUCCUAAAUUGGACAGACGAUCUCCAUCAUGUUUGCAAAGGAGUGAAUUUUUUGGUUUCUAACCCCCCAUAUAUCCCAUGGGAAGAAUACACUAAGCUCGAUCGUUCGGUCAAGAACUUUGAGCCCCAGCUUGCCCUUGUGGGGGAUCUAGAGUUUUACAACGCAUUGGUGCAUAACCUCUUGGAGCCUAACCUCAACACUUGUGAUGGGUUUGUGUUCGAAGUAGGCAACGUCAAUCAAAUACAUCACGUUCGGGAUCUUGUCAAGAAACAUGGCUGGAACGUUGGGUAUCUAAUGGAUAGUGCAGGAUAUCAUCGAUGCGUGGUGGGAUGGAAACCUGAUGGAAGGUUCGAUUUCAAGAAAUUAUGUGAUUUUGUAUAUUGA